AUGGCCGACUCGCUCGACUACGUCAAGAUAUGCGAGAGCUGCCCGCCCGGCGACGGCUGGGGCCCGCCAGUCACCACCGACACGACCCUCAACGGCGUGCCCUACGCCCCCUUCUCCAAGGGUGAUAAGCUGGGCCGAAUGGCCGACUGGACCGCCGAGGGAAAGGACCGCGAGCGCGGAGGACGCAUGCAGUAUAACCGCAACUACAGAGACCAGCAAGUCUACGGCGCAAGCCACGCCGUCACCUUCAACGCGCCCCCGGCCGAGGACGAGUCGACCUUUUCCCUCGUCAGCAACACCAGAGACUCGACCAAAUCGAGGUACGGCCGCGGAGCCGUCUUCACCCGCGGCCGCGGCCAGCGGGGUGGCAGGGGCGACGCCCGCGGCGGACGCGGCCAGAUGCAGCGAUCAGGGCCCGGCGGCAGGCAGGGCUACGACCGCGGCGGCCGCCCCAACGCCGGGGCGCGCGGCCGCCGCUUCGGCUGGAAGGACUACGACAAGCCUGCUCGCAAUCGUGAUGCUAGCAUCAACAUCAAGGCCGACUGGCAGCUGCUCGAGGAGAUUGACUUUAACCGCCUGGCCAAGCUGAACCUCGACGCCGACGACGGCGAAGACAUGGAUGAGUACGGCUUCCUCUACUACUACGACCGGUCCUACGACAAGCAGCCCGUCAAGGGCGCCGAGAAGAAGCUCACGGCUAUCGACCGCGCCGCCUACAACGUCACCACCUCGUCGGACCCCGUCAUCCAGGAGCUCGCCGACCGCGACGAGGCCACCAUCUUCGCCACCGACAGCAUUCUUUCCAUGCUCAUGUGCGCGCCGCGCUCCGUCUACCCCUGGGACAUUGUCAUUGUGCGGCAGGGCAAUAAGCUCUUCCUCGACAAGCGCGACAACGCCACGCUCGACAUGGUGACGGUCAACGAAAACGCCGCCGACGCGCCCCUGGAUGCCGCCGACGGCAGCAAGGACGUCGUCAAUCAGCCCGCCGCCCUGGCCGAGGAGGCCACCUACAUCAACCACAACUUUGCCAACCAGGUCGUCAACGAGAGCGAGUCGUCCAAGGUUGAAAUGGCCCAUAGCAAUCCCUUCUACAACGCCUCCGAGGACACGGACCCCCCGGCCAGCAAGGCCUACAAGUACAGAAAGUUUGACCUGUCGACCAACGAGGAGGAUCCCGUGUACCUGGUGGUGCGCACCGAGAUUGACGCCGUCCAGAAGAACGCCAUCAGCGGCGAGGACCAGCUCAUGACCAUCAAGGCUCUCAACGAGUUUGACCACAAGGCCCAGGGCAGCGGCGGUGCCCUAGACUGGCGGAGCAAGCUUGUCACGCAGCGUGGUGCCGUCGUGGCAACCGAGAUGAAGAACAACAGCUGCAAGCUGGCCCGGUGGACGGUACAGAGCAUCCUGUCCAAGUCGGACGUUAUGAAACUCGGCUUCGUCUCCCGUGUCAACCCCCGCUCCAACGACAAGCACGUCGUCCUAGGCGUCGUCGGCUGGAAGCCUCGCGACUUUGCCAACCAGAUGAACCUGUCGCUGUCCAACGGCUGGGGCAUCGUGCGCACCAUUGCCGACAUGUGCCUCAAGCGCGAAGAGGGCAAGUUUGUCCUCGUCAAGGACCCCAACAAGUCCAUCCUCCGCCUCUACGAGGUCCCCGCCAGCAGCUUCGACGACGACGACGAUGACGAGGGCCAAGAGGUCAACGACGAGGGCGAGGCCGCUGCCGAGUAA